CCAAAAACGGACUUCCGGACACCGCAACGUUGUUCCCUCCCUCUCCCGUUCCAAAACCAAACACCGAUUAACGACACUCAGUAUGAAUUAUGCGAGCGUACACGGUCGCUACCAGUGGACUUUCACUGCACGCACGUCCAUUUAACGGAUAUCUGAACGUCUACUCGCCAGUGUCGGUUCUCGUGGACAGCAUUUUGGGGAUUUCAGAGAGGUCGCCGGUGAUUGGGUUUUUGAACUAAAGGUCCGGAGAGGACUCCUUUCACCCGUGGCGGAUUUUAAUGACAAAGGAACGAACUGGGAGUUAAAAUGACGCGAAUUUGCAGGAUGGAACAUCUAUCUCUUCUACUCUUGUUUUUAUCGAUGGGUGUAUCCCAUGCCAGGGUGGUGUCUGUGUCCCCUGGCCCUCUGCUCCGUGUGGAGGGCCAACCUGUCUCACUGCGCUGUGAUGUCACUGACUACGAGGGGCCCAGGGAGCAGGAUUUUGACUGGACCAUGCAGCAGGGGGAGGCGGGGUCUAUCCAUGUAAUCUCCACCUUCGACCCAAAGUAUUCGGACUUGUCGCUAAGCGACCGGGUGGCCAGUGGGGAUCUGAGCGUGGUGCGGCUGGGGGACAGCGUGGUGGAGCUGAGGAUACAGGAAGUGAGGUCUUCAGACAGCGCCACGUACCUCUGCAGUACACCCAGUACGGACUCUGUCUUCAGCGGGAACUACGAUGCAGGGGUAACGCUCAAAGUCAUUGCUAACACCCUGAAGGUGGCCCCGGAGGCCCCAGAGCCCGUGGUCCCCGAAGGUGGCGACAUCACCCUCUCCUGCAACGUCACCCGCCACUUCACUGAUCCCACCUACCUGUCCGUCACCUGGUCGCUACGGAGACCAGGCAUCCCAUUGGUGGAUAUCCUGACCGUUGGCCCAGAUGGGGAUGUGGUCACAGGAAGUGGCUCCGCGCAGCGCUAUGCUGACGGAGGGCUCCGAUUGGCUAUUCGCAGAGAUGGGGCAUUUGGAUUGGUUGUUGCCGGGGUGACGCAGGCUGAUGCAGGGAUGUACGUGUGCACGGGGAGGGAAUGGAUUCAUGAGGAAGGGGGUCAGUGGAAGAACAUUGUGGAGAAGGCUGUGGAGAUGGGAGCUGUGGCAGUCACACCUACAGCUCGUUCCUUGUCUGUCGUGGCCAUGUCCAACACCACGCUCAACAUGGACGACACCCUGACCCUCACCUGCCUGGUCUCCGCGGGUAACUUGGCCUCCCUGGCCCUGGAGGUCACCUGGCUUGUGGACGGACGCACAGCGGUCAGCCUGGGCCGUGACGGGGUGGUCUCAAACGGGUCCCCCUCGGUGGGGCUGGAGCGGACAGGGCCAGGGGAGUUUAGGCUGGUGGUGAGGGGGGUAAGGGGGUCUGACAAGGGGAUGUACUCCUGUAGGGUCCGGGCCUGGGUCGGAGGAGGAGGAAGAUGGUACCAGGCUGCAGAGAAGACCUCCAACCCAGUACAAGUUCUAGUCACACAGAUCAAGCCUAAUUUCGCAGUGACCCUUACCCCUUCGUCGACCCCGCAGGUCACAGGUGACCCAACGGAGCUGGCGUGUCAUGUGACCAACAUCACCCACUUCCUUGCAGGGGGCCGACUGGGCGUAACCUGGGAGUACACACCACUUCCUGGUCCACCUGGCGACCGCCUGACAACCACACAGGCCACCCUCCCUAUUGGUUCCCUGGAUGCCCACGGCAACCUGAAGUCUGGGAUGCUGUACCGUGAUAGGUUGGAGUCUGGUGCCAUCGUUCUGACCCGAGUAGAGCCGGAUACAUUCAAGCUCCGCUUCCUACGCACACACAAGAGCUGCUAA